UGUUAAACACAGUGUUGUUUUGAUUUUCACCAUCAAAUUUCCAAACUUUUCCUUGAAAUUUGUUAAAAAGCGUGCGAUUUUGUAAAGAUUUCAAAAAUGACCGACAACCAGGGGGAACCCAGCCUGAGUCAGUAUUUCGCCAACGAUCCGCCCAGUUUCUUCGACCAGCUAGCGGAAAAGGAAGGAAAAUCCCAAACAAAAAUCCCCGACCCGUACGCCACGUACGACUUCCUCCCAUCGGCCUCUCCGGUGGACACCCGGCACAACGUUCCGGACAGCGUUCGCGACCUGUGGGAACUUCCCGCGGCGGUGGAACCAGGAUCGGCUCCGGUGCUGACGAUGCCCGGCGUGAGCGUGGCUACCGAUUUGAACGAUCCGGUCCAGGAGGCGGUUAGCUUCCUGGUGGAUCCGGUGGAGGCGCAACACCGGAAGAUUCUCUCGCCGGAUGAUGUGACGCAGGACGAAAGGGGCUUGCGGGAGUUGAUCGAGCACGGGUGUUUUAGGUCGGCGGUUAAUUUGACCGCGCGGUUGUUGACCAUCAAGCAGCAGGGCUUUGGGAGGGCCGGUUACACGGUGAAGCACUCGCCGAACUCGUUGCAGCUGUGGUUUACGCGGUUGGCACUGCUGGUCAAGUUGGGCCAGUUUGAGAUUGUUAAAAUGGAGGCGGAACCGUUUGGAUCGCUGAACAAGCCGGAUGUGUUUUACGAGUUUUACCAUCCGGACAUGCACUCGGACAAGAAGGGCUCGAUGGCUUCGUUCUCGUUUCGGCUUUUGUUGGCGGAGCUGCCCAUCUAUUUGGGCACUCCCAGAGUCGCACUGGAUCGACUGACUGAGCUGCUGGCCGUGACCAGUCAAAUCCGAAGCUACUUCGGUAAACUGCCAGACUCCGACCACAACAAGCAAGCGGCCAGCUUCUGGCUCACCCGCGAAAAGCGCAUCCUACAUUCCAUCGUGAACUGCUCGCUCCUCGUGAAGGACUUUAGCCUGGCCGACCAGCUGCUCCGUCAGCUAAUCGACUCCCCCGGAACGACCGCCGACGAGAAGCGAUCACUUCUUUCCUGCUGGGGUCGCAUCCGGCUCCAGUGCGGGGACAUUUACGGCGCGGAGAAAAAGUUCUCGGAAGCGAAGCGACUCAAAGAGGACGUCGCCGGCCAGGACGCGGAUUUGCGCGAGCUCGUCGAUCGUGGCCUGCUGGCGGUCGCCCAGAACGACUUCCAGUCCGCGUUCGAUCUGUUCCAGAAGGCGGCCGCGUUGGACGCGUCCAGCACGAUGCUGUACAACAAUAUGGGCGUUUGUUUGCUUUAUUCCGGUAAGUUGAAGGAAGCGAUCAAGAUGUUUGAGGGGGCGAUUCAGCGGAAUCCGAAGCUGGCGUUGAAUGAAAAUUUGCUCGUUAAUCUGUCGACGCUGUACGAGCUCGAGUCGAACAACUCGAAGGAUAAGAAAAUUGCGCUGCUCAAGUUGGUUAACAAGAAUCGGGCGGAUUUGAGCGUGGGGCUGGAUAUUUGCUUGAAGCUGCAGACGAUUGCAUGAAAACGUAUUUAAAACUA